GGAGCGCGGGGGAGCGCGGCGGCGGCGGCGGCGCCUCCUCCGCCACCAAACUCCGGGGCUUGGCGGGGCUUGGGGCCACCUCCUCCUGAGCCAGGAGGAACCCUCUCCCAAUAGGUUUCAGCCUGACUUUUUCUUCCCCAUUUCUUUCUUCUUCCUCUUCCUAUUUUUUUCUUUUUUUUUAAACAUAUUUUUCCUGGCCUCGGACCUCAGACUGCUGCAGCCCGAGCCUUCCCCAGGCUCAGCUCUUCGGGGCUGCUCAUCCCUCCGGCUGCGAGAAAGGACGCGCGCCCUGCGUCGGGCGAAGAAAAGAAGAAAAACUUGUCGGAGGGGUUUCGCCAGCCCACAGUAACCCCCUUCUCGCAAACCCAAACCUCCCGCGAGGGCCAUCCCAAGGCUGGGGAAAGUUCCUUCCUAGCCGACAGCCCUCUGGGAUUUGGAGGAGGCAACCGCGCUGACUGUGGAAUUAGAUCUGUUUUGAACCCAGUGGAGCGCAUCACGGGAGCUCGGAAGUCACCGUCUGCGGGCACCCGGGUGGCGCUGCCUGUGCGGAACCGAGAGUUUGCGAGCCUCGGCUGCAAGUGGCCUGUCCUCCCCGCAGUUGUUGUUCUGUGUCCGGGGUGAGGGCUGCAAGUGUUGUGGCAAGUUGAGAAGAGAGACCCGGAGGUCCGGAAAAGACUGCGCUCCCCCUUGUACUCCAGUCUUGCUCUUUCUGGCUCCCGGGUGUGAAAUCCCAGCGAAAUUUACAAAGGCCUCCUGGUCCAGCCGAGACCGGUCCGCAGCGUUUGGCCCCGUUGUCCCCAUUCCCACCCGGAGCCCCGGAACACAGGGCGCCAGGGAAGGACUGGCGGGGAGGGGGAGGGAGGUCGCGGCGGCGGCAUGGCGAGGUUCCCGAGGGCCGACCUGGCCGCUGCAGGAGUUGUGUUACUUUGCCACUUUUUAUUGGACCAGUUUCAGUUCGCUGAAGGAGAGCCUGGAAACAAAAUCAAUGAUUGGCAGUAUCAAGUUGCGCAGGCCUUCCGGCAAACAGAAGAGGAGGUGGAUGUGGACUCACACGCAUUCAGCCAUCGGUGGAAAAGGAACUUGGAUUCUCUCAAGGCAGUAGACUCGAACCGAGCAAGCCUGGACCAAGACUCCCCAGAGCCCAGAGGCUUCACGGACCUGCUACUGGACGAUGGGCAGGACAACGCCACCCAGAUUGAGGAGGACACAGACCACAAUUACUAUAUAUCUCGGAUAUAUGGUCCAUCUGAUUCUGCCAGCCGGGAUUUGUGGGUGAACAUAGACCAAAUGGAAAAGGACAAAGUGAAGAUUCAUGGAAUAUUGUCCAAUACUCAUCGGCAAGCUGCAAGAGUGAAUCUGUCCUUCGAUUUUCCAUUUUAUGGCCAUUACCUACGUGAAAUCACUGUGGCAACUGGGGGUUUCAUAUACACUGGAGAAGUUGUACAUCGAAUGCUAACAGCCACACAGUACAUAGCACCUCUAAUGGCAAAUUUUGAUCCCAGUGUAUCCAGAAAUUCAACGGUCAGAUAUUUUGAUAAUGGCACAGCACUUGUUGUCCAGUGGGACCAUGUACAUCUCCAGGAUAAUUACAACCUGGGAAGCUUCACAUUCCAGGCAACCCUCCUCAUAGAUGGACGCAUCAUCUUCGGAUACAAAGAAAUUCCAGUCUUGGUCACACAGAUAAGUUCGACCAAUCACCCAGUGAAAGUGGGGCUGUCUGAUGCAUUUGUCGUUGUCCACAGGAUCCAACAAAUUCCCAAUGUUCGAAGAAGAACAAUUUAUGAAUACCACCGAGUAGAGCUACAAAUGUCAAAAAUUACCAACAUUUCAGCUGUGGAAAUGACCCCAUUACCUACAUGUCUCCAGUUUAAUGAUUGUGGCUCCUGUGUAUCCUCUCAGAUUGGCUUCAACUGCAGUUGGUGUAGUAAACUUCAAAGAUGUUCCAGUGGAUUUGAUCGCCAUCGGCAGGACUGGGUGGACAGUGGAUGCCCUGAAGAGUCAAAGGAGAAAAUGUGUGAGAACACGGAGCCAGUGGAAAGUUCUUCUCAAACAACCACAACCAUACGAACAACAACGACACAAUUCAGGGUCUUAACGACCACCAGAAGAGCAGCGACAUCUCAGCUGCCCACCAGCCUACCCACAGAAGAUGAUACCAAGAUAGCAUUACAUCUAAAAGAUAAUGGAGCUUCUACAGAUGACAGUGCAGCCGAGAAGAAAGGGGGAACCCUUCAUGCUGGUCUCAUUGUUGGAAUUCUCAUCCUGGUCCUCAUUAUAGCAGCAGCCAUUCUUGUGACAGUCUAUAUGUAUCACCAUCCAACAUCAGCAGCCAGCAUCUUCUUUAUUGAGAGACGCCCAAGCAGAUGGCCUGCGAUGAAGUUUCGAAGAGGUUCUGGCCAUCCUGCCUAUGCUGAAGUUGAACCAGUGGGAGAGAAAGAAGGUUUUAUUGUAUCAGAGCAGUGCUAAAAUUUCUAGGACAGAACAGCACCAGUGCUGGCUUACAGGUGUUAAGACUAAAAUUUUGCCUAUACCUUUAAGACAAACAAACACACACACACACACACACACACACGCACGCAAAGGAGCCCUAAGCUGCUGUAGCCUGAAGGAGACAAGAUUUCUGGACAAGCCCAGCCCAGGAAGGGUAUAAGAAAAACUAAAACUUAUACAAGAUAUCAUUGACCACUGAACAUAGAAUUCCCCAGUGGAAUGACAUCGCUAGUUCACUCAGAACAUCUCCUGUGGACUUAUCAGAAGUGUGACAAGAUUACAAUGCUAUUGGUUUAGGUGCAGGGUUGCGAAGGGAUCGAGAAAAAAAAUAAGAAAGCUUUAGUUCACGAGGGAUCUACACUUUGGUUCAAAUUUGCUUCUCUGAUGUCUCAAAGAUAACUGUGUUCCAAAGCCUGAACGCUUUCACUCAAAAGAGCAAUGAUGAAUGUUUCAAGAUGGCUGAGAAAAAUAGCUCAUGCAGGAGCAAAAGCAAACACAGAAUAAGCGAUUUUCUAUCUUUUCACCAGAUGUGCGGCAAAAGGAUUUUGUUUUUCUGGUCCAGCUCCACCUGUUCCAACGAGUUCAUUACUUUAUAGGGUGAAUCUUUUAUCUGUACAGGAGGCUCACAGACUAUGCCUCCCUCUUCCUUAUUAAUCAAUGCCCUUUCUCUGAGCUGUGACAGAAUUUCCAAACUUUUAGCUAAAGAUUAGGAAAGAGGCAGUGGCAGAUGAGGUUUUCCGUUCUCCUGCCUAAGAACAAAACAUCUGAUUUGUUUUACGAAGAGUUGCCUCCAUUUCCCAACUGUGAAGUCCUAUGAAGCCACAGUUGCUCUUGGCUGAAGGAAACAAAAGGAAACAAUACAAAGAGUUCCUUGAUGGUUUUUGAAGCAAAAAUGUUAAGGGAUUCUAAACAUAGGGUUUUUGUUUUUUUUGUUACUUUUUGCCAUUUCAGUACUAUACGCCCAUUUUAUUGUCGAUUCCUAAGAAGCCAUUCAA